UCCCUCAAUGACGAAGUAACCACGCGGAAUUUCGCCUUAAACUACGUCGUUUCGUUCCACUUCCUUUGCUUCUCCCUUUUUUCUUCCAAUUAUUAUCAAUUUUUAAUUUCUUUGGAAACUGAAUCAAUCUGCAUCUUCCCUCCCUAUCUAUUUCUUUGGUUCUCAGCUUCUUCUGACACUGAUUUUGAAACCAGAGUGGCAUCAUUUUCUAGUUGAUCAAUCAGCAGUUUGAAUUGAUGUGCAAUGCGGAGACCUGUUGGAGCUCUUCUGCGUGAUAGAAGAGCUGUUCAAGUGCCUAUUAGUGGAAGAAAUCUUUUGUAUAAAAUUUCUGUGUCUUUGGUUUUUAUUCUGUGGGGAGUUAUCUUGCUCUUUAGCUUAUGGUUCAGCCGUGGCGAUGGCUGCCAAGAAGGAUCAGUUUUACUUCCUGAUGGUGUAUCUACUUCAAAUGAAUCUAAAUUGGAAAAGAACAAGGACUCUGACGUUUUAUAUGAACCUCCAAUGGGAGAAACUGAAUGUACCAUUCAUUUAAAAGAUUCAUGCUCAAUUGAUACUGCAAGCCCUGGUUCUGACAAUGAAAUACUUUCAAGUGAAGAAAGUAGCAGUCAUAUACAAGCUCCUACGAGGUUGCCUGAGGCUGAGAGCUCUAGCACUGGAGUAAAAUCUGAAAGCAAACCUCUCAAGGGAGAUAUCUCGUCGGACACUGUUCUACUCAGCCUUGAAGAAUUCAAAAGCAGAGCCUUUAUAUCCCGGAGUAAGUCUGAAACUGGCCAGGCUGGGAAUCCUAUCCAUAGAGUAGAACCUGGUGGUGCAGAGUACAAUUACGCUUCAGCUUCAAAGGGAGCAAAGGUUUUGGCUUUCAACAAGGAAGCAAAGGGAGCUUCAAACAUUUUAGGCAGGGACAAAGAUAAGUACCUCAGAAAUCCAUGUUCUGCUGAAGAGAAAUUUGUUAUCAUAGAACUUUCAGAAGAAACCUUAGUAGUAACAAUUAAAAUUGCUAAUUUUGAGCACCAUUCUUCUAACUUAAAAGAAUUUGAGGUACAUGGGAGUUUGGUUUAUCCAACAGAUGUUUGGUUCAAGCUCGGUAAUUUCACUGCUCCAAAUGCAAAGCAAGCACAUAGAUUCGUUCUCAAGGACCCAAAAUGGGUGAGAUAUUUAAAGUUAAAUUUUCUUACCCAUUAUGGUUCAGAAUUCUAUUGCACACUCAGCACUGUGGAAGUUUACGGAAUGGAUGCUGUUGAGAUGAUGCUAGAGGAUUUAAUAUCUGCUCAACAUAAACCUUCUAUAUCAGAUGAAGCUACUACUGAUAAGAGAGUAAUUCCCUCCCAGCCUGGACCCAAUGAUGAAGAACAACAUGGUAGAGAGUUGCAUUCUCUUGCUACUGAGGAAAGUGAUGAUGAUGUUGUUUUAGAACUCACAAAGAGCAAGACACCUGAUCCAGUCGAAGAAUCACACCAUCAACAGCCUGGCAGAAUGCCUGGUGACACUGUUCUCAAAAUUUUGACACAGAAAGUUCGUUCACUAGACCUAAGUUUAUCUAUUUUGGAGCGGUAUCUGGAGGAUUUAACUUCCAAAUAUGGCAAUAUAUUCAAAGAUUUCGACAAAGAUAUAGCAAAUAAUGAUCUACUCAUUGAGAAGACCCGAGAGGAUAUAAGAAAUAUUCGUAAAACCCAGGACAUCACAGACAAAGAACUUCGUGAUCUCAUUUCUUGGAAGUCCAUUGUUUCCUUACAGUUGGAUGGUCUGCAAAGACAUAAUUCUAUCCUCAGAUCUGAGAUUGAAAGGGUCCAGAAGAAUCAGACUUCACUGGAAAACAAAGGAAUAGUUGUUUUUCUUGUGUGCCUCAUUUUUUCAUCAUUUGCUAUUUUUAGGUUAUUUUUGCACAUUGUUCUUAGAGUAUAUGAAAGAACAAAUAAUUCCAGGAAAUUUUGUUGUGUAAGCCCUUCCUGGUAUCUAUUGCUUUUGAGCUGUUGUAUUAUUCUUUUCAUACAGUCACUGUAAUCAAGGAUUGCCCCCUUAUUUCUCCA